AUGUUUUCUCUCCCGAUUUACAAAGUGUGCUCUAGUGGAUGUUCUGGCGCUAGCAUUCUUGCAGCGUUUGACGAUGCAAUUUCCGAUGGAGUUGAUGUCCUUUCUCUCUCCCUUGGUGGGUUUGCUACUCCUGAACCUGACUUGACAACAGACGUAAUUGCAAUCAGAGCUUUCCAUGCCGUGGAGCGAGGCAUCAUAGUGGUUUGCUCCGCUGGAAAUGAGGGACCCGAGCAAAGUACAAUUGUUAACGACGCUCCUUGGAUAUUAACUGUUGGUGCCACCACCAUUGACCGCAGUCUUCAAUCCAACAUCCUCUUGGGUAAUAACAAAGUUGUCGUGGUACGCUUUCGCGCUCACUCUACAAUUUUCAAAAUUUACAUGAAUUAUACUCUCUUUCCUUAUGCCUCACGCACGCACGCACGCAUGCAUGCAUGCAUGAACUUGAACCCUAGUUUCCAUCAAGCAGAAGCAAGACGGACCGAGGGAAGAGGGCUGGCUGUUUCCUCGAUUGCUAUGAAUGGCGCGGUUACUAUCCGAAACGUUUAG